GCUUCGAACGUUCAGAACAUUCGAUGGUACAUCGGUUUCCCGACGGACGGACAGUCGCUCGCUUCUGCAACGCCGCCGUCGUCGUCGUUGUCGUAUCACACGCACUCGCACUGUAAUCGAUCGCAACCGGACCGGACCAGGAAUAUCCGUGCACGGUCAGGACGUUUGAGAGCAAUUAAAUCUUGGUUCCGAAAGCAAAGUUAUCCCUUUCAUUCGAACGUUCAGCGUCGUGGUAGUUUUCCCGGCCUUCUCAAUUCAAUUAAUUUAAAGCCGAAUUAAGUGAUUUCUUCGAGCAAGGACCCCGUGAGUAGUUAGGACCCACGACCGAGUAGUGCAGAACGGAAAUUUAAUUAAGAGGAAAAUGAUUGGAUAAGCGUCGGGCGAAAGUUGAUAGAGCAAGCGAAACCAGUUUAAUUUUUUUUUAUUUCGGGGUGAAAUUUUACCUCAACGAUGUUAAAGCCCGCGGGCCCAGAAGGAAUGGGCCUGGGGAAACGGAUUUUGCGAACGAUACGGCCCGGUCGUAGACAAUCGGUGCCGUUCACAUCCUGGGUGCUGGUGAUAGUGCUAGGUGUGCUGCAGUUUAUCGAUCCUUCGGAAGCGGUGAAUUGCAACCGAACGGCAUGUGACUGUAAAGGCCUCAAAGGUACACCGGGUCAAAUUGGUCCACACGGAGUUCCCGGAGCAGCCGGUCACCCGGGAGAAACUGGACCCGAUGGACCACCAGGUUAUCUGGGAGAAUGGGGAACACGCGGUGAAUUAGGUCCCACGGGCGAGAAAGGCUACAGGGGUGAUUCCGGUGAGCGUGGUCCAGUCGGGUAUUCAGGAAUUCCGGGUUUACCAGGCGAUGAUGGUCCUCGAGGCCCUCGAGGCAUUGAUGGGUGCAAUGGAACCGAUGGUGCUAUGGGUAUUCCCGGUAUGCCCGGUUGGCCUGGAGAUCGUGGUCAACCAGGUUUGCAUGGACCUCUUGGAUUCCGUGGAGACUCGGGUGAAGGUGGUAUCAAUUCCAAGGGUACUAAAGGUGCAAUUGGAGAAUCGGGACUCCCUGGUCCUAUGGGACAGCAUGGCUUCAAAGGAAAUCGUGGACUUCCAGGAUUUGACGGAUCCAACGGAAUUGAUGGAAUCUUAGGUUCAAAGGGAGAACUAGGAAGCGAAGGUGAUGCUUCCACUCCAUUUUGUCCUGGAGAACCUGGAGAACCCGGUACAACUUUUAUUUCAUGGAUUGGCAGUAACUCAACGGUUACCAAAGGAACCAAAGGUCUCAAAGGAGAUCAAGGUAUGGAUGGUUUUAAAGGGGUACAAGGAAGAAAAGGAGACACAGGAUCGUAUGGUGAAAGAGGCUUGAAAGGUUUCAAAGGUGAAGAAGGUAACGUUGGAGAUCGUGGCAAGCAAGGCAAGGAUGGUCCACCCGGUCCUGCUGGAGACAAGGGAGAAAAGGGUGCUCCAGGCUAUGCUGGUCGUGAUGGAGAAAUUGGAGACAAUGGUGAACAUGGAGAGGACGGUAUUUCCGGAACUCCGGGUGUGCAAGGUGUCCGGGGACCUCCGGGAAUCUACGACCCUAGCCUGGCCCCUAUUAUAAUUGGACCAGUGGGACCACAAGGUGACAUUGGACCCCACGGCAAUCAAGGACUGGCUGGAAUCCCUGGAAAUCCUGGCAAACGAGGAUUGAUGGGAAUACAAGGACCUCCUGGAGACUCCGGUGCCGACGGACUACGUGGCAGAAAAGGUUCCACAAUUGGUGGUCAACGGGGAGAUGAUGGAGAAAGUGGACCACGAGGUCCUGCCGGCCCAAGAGGUUCUCUCGGACCUGCUGGACCGAUAGGGUCGAAAGGCUACCCAGGAAGAAACGAACAGGGAGAAAAAGGUGAACCAGGUUUACCGGGUCUUAACGGAGAAUUUGGAGAUAAAGGAGAUCAAGGUGAACUGGGUGAGACAGGUGAUAAGGGUCUUGCAGGAAUUGGUUACAAUAUCACGGGUCCACCUGGGCCUGAUGGAAUCCCCGGAAUGGCAGGGCCCCUAGGAGAUGCUGGAUGGAAUGGAUAUCCCGGUUCGAAAGGAGAUAAAGGUUUCCAUGGUGAAGAUUGUGGAAUUUGUCCUCCGGGACAAAGUGGACUCAAGGGUGACGGUGGUGACAUUGGACGUCCAGGAUGGGAUGGUUUCGAUGGCAAUCGAGGGUUGCCUGGACCUAGAGGAUUCAAAGGAGCUCCUGGAAAACCAGGAAUGAAAGGAAUUCAAGGAUUAACAGGACUUCUGGGGGAAAAUGGAGAACCUGGAAUGCCAGGAGAGACAGGCCCUAAAGGUCGCAUCGACUUCAUUGGCGAUCAAUUGUUGUUACCUGGUGAAAUUGGCGACAAGGGAGUUCGGGGAGCCCAAGGCGAAAAGGGGGACUUUGGUUACUCUGGGUAUCCUGGGGUGAUGGGUGGUCAUGGAGAACCUGGCGAACUUGGGGACGAUGGAAAUCCAGGUUUCAGAGGACGAGAUGGUGAACCGGGUAUUCCCGGACGGGAUGGAGCCCAUGGAAGAGACGCUGUUUACAAUGCAUAUAAUAUGUAUUCAUUGAGAGGAACCACCGGAUUGCCUGGCGAUAAUGGCGUAAAAGGAGAAAGUGGUGAUCAAGGAAAUCGCGGAGAACCAGGUGGUGAAGCGGAAUAUGACUACUUGAUUUUUGGUGACAAAGGAGGACGAGGAGAGUUUGGUGACGAGGGUCCUCAAGGAGAAAAAGGAUACCGAGGGGAAAUUGGCGAGGAAGGCUUCCGGGGACCUGAUGGGGCACCAGGUAUUCAGGGUGAUAGUAUUCAAGGUGCCUUUGGUUACAAAGGAUACUUCGGCAUGCCCGGAGAUCAUGGACUGCAAGGAGAGGACGGCAAGUAUGGUAUACCUGGUAUUGAUGGUCCUCCUGGCCUUGCAGGAUUGAAGGGUCAACGGGGAGAUCCUGGUAGAGCUGUUUUGUUCGGCGAAAUGGGCGAAGAAGGUGAGGCUGGCUAUUUCGGUGAAUUUGGCGACAAAGGUUACAAAGGACCGGAUGGUUAUCGAGGAUCACCAGGUACAGUCGGACUCAAAGGAGAAAAGGGUAACGAUGGAGUAAUGGGACGCACUGGUAUGCCUGGUAAUAAAGGUAUGGUUGGCGACAUUGUUUACGGUGAUAGAGGCGCACCUGGAGCUCCAGGCACAUCGGGAAGUUCGGCUCCAUACGGAGACAAAGGAGAACGUGGUGAGGCUGGCUUGGAAGGUCCUCAAGGUCCUAAAGGAGAAUUAGGUGAUACCGGACGAGAUGGCCUGCCUGGAUUCUCGGGAGAUGAUGGACAGCCUGGUGAACCUGGUCUCCGCGGAAUUAACGGUUACAUGGGUGAGGAAGGUUUCCAAGGCGAACGUGGUGAACUUGGAGACCAAGGUAAUCCUGGUAUUACUGGCCGUCGUGGUUAUGCUGGAAUAAGAGGAGAGAAAGGAGCAUUUGGCGACGAUGGUGAUAUUGGAUAUUCUGGAAGGACCGGCCGAAAUGGAACAAAGGGUGGACGAGGUGAUGUAGGUUUUCCAGGUGUAAGAGGAAUGAAAGGAGCUCCAUCGUUCAGUGGUCUGAAAGGAGAGGAAGGAAUGUACGGGUUACGAGGACCUCCUGGAUUGGAUGGAGCGGUGGGAUCGGUUGGUUUGGCAGGCGAAGAAGGUGAUGCUGGUUUAGUAAUCGAUGGUUAUCCUGGUCUUAACGGUCCAAAAGGAGCUCCUGGAUAUAAUGGCCUGCCUGGACGACCAGGGGCUAAAGGGGAACGAGGUGAUGAAGGUACUCUAGGACAAAAGGGUAUUCAAGGCGAUAAGGGUAGAGAUGGAUUCCCAGGAAUGCCCGGUCGUCGUGGAAAGGAUGGACCACGUGGUUUGCCAGGUCUCAGAGGGCUGUAUGGAAGCAGAGGAGAACAGGGUGAAGAAGGAGAGAUGGGAUACUUUGGAUUUAUUGGUGAUAAGGGAGAGCGAGGAGAUGUUGGACGAAUUGGUCUAGCUGGAUUGCAAGGACUUUCAGGCGAAAAAGGAUUCCCAGGAUUGCCUGGUGAGUUGUUCUUCAGAGCACCAGAAAAAGGAGACCGAGGUGAAACUGGAUAUACUGGGCUGGAAGGUAUGCCAGGAUUUCCGGGUCUCAAAGGUCGUCCAGGAUAUCCUGGCGGGAAAGGAGAUCCCGGGCUACGGGGUGAGUCUGGAAUAUCCGGAAGGAGUGGUUUGGAUGGACUUAAGGGACAACAAGGUGAGGCUGGUUAUAAAGGACCUCGUGGAACGCUGGUCACACGCCCCGAGCAGGGAGACCAAGGUGAAUCAGGAUACGAUGGGUUCCCCGGCCGUCUAGGAGUACGAGGCAGUAAGGGUGCUCCAGGAGACUACGGAGACGACGGUCUACCUGGCCCAAGGGGAAUGACUGGAACUGUAAGUGGAGCAUUCAAAGGAAGAAGAGGUGAAAUUGGAUUUGAAGGUGCCCCCGGAAUGGAUGGUUUACCAGGACUUCCAGGACCACCAGGCCCCUUGGGAUCUCCUGGUGAUAAAGGAUUACCAGGAAGCAUUGGAAUUUCUAUUCGAGGAUUCAAGGGAGAACAGGGCGAUGAUGGUCUGAUUGGUUUGGACGGUAUGCCAGGUCCUCCUGGUUUUCUUGGAGAAGUCGGUCCAGUUGGACGCCCAGGUCUGCGUGGUCUGGCUGGAAUGAAGGGAGAAUUCGGAGAAAUAGGAGAGGAAGGCUUCUUCGGACGACUUGGACUGAAGGGAGGAAAGGGAGAACGAGGGGACCCGAUUGUGUUCGAAAACUGGAGACCGAAUCAACCAGGUGACCGUGGUGUGCCUGGAAAUAAGGGAGCUCCUGGCGAUGAGGGAGACAUGGGUCCCGCCGGAUAUCCAGGACUUGUUGGUUUAAAGGGAGAACGAGGACAGCAAGGUCUAGCAGGAGAAGAAGGUCAAAUGGGUCUCAAGGGAGAAAGAGGAUUCCAAGGAGCUCCUGGACGCGAUGGAUUAGACGGUUAUCCAGGAUUGCGAGGUGAAAUUGGUGAUACUGCUCCACCUCCUCCACCAGCGAAGAGCCGUGGAUUCAUAUUUACCAAACACUCGCAAUCGGUGCAUAUCCCGGAGUGUCCACUGAAUACCGCUAAGCUAUGGGACGGGUACUCUUUGGUUAGCGUUAUUGGUAGUAGUCGAUCGGUUGGACAAGACUUGGGAACGGCUGGCUCUUGCCUGCAGAAGUUCAGCACCAUGCCGUUUAUGUUCUGCGACAUCAACAACGUAUGCAACUACGCAGCCAACAACGACGACAGCAUUUGGUUGGCAUCUCCUGAACCAAUGCCUAUGUCGAUGGCUCCAAUGAAAUCACGCGAGAUUGAAAAGUACAUUUCAAGAUGUUCCGUUUGUGAGACAACUACGCGGGUGAUUUCAAUCCACAGUCAAACGAUGGCCAUACCUGACUGUCCUGGAGGCUGGGAAGAAUUAUGGAUCGGCUACAGCUAUGUGAUGCACACAACUGACAACAGCGGUGGAUUUGGUAUGGAUUUGACCUCUCCAGGAUCAUGCUUGGAGGAGUUCCGUGCACAACCGAUUAUCGAAUGCCACGGUCAUGGAACAUGCAAUUUCUACGACGGGAUGACAUCGUUCUGGUUGACUAUCAUUGAAGAUGGCGAAGAGUUCAACCAACCGAAGCAACAGACGCUAAAGGCCGAUCAAACCAGCAAGAUUAGCAGGUGCAUUGUCUGUCGUCGUAAGGCCGGAUUUUUACGAGUGCUUUCGGAAGGCACGAUCGGAGCUUCCGCUCUGCGACGUCCAGAUAUAGCAACGGUUCCCAAGCCUUACUAUCCGCCACCUCCGGCACAACCGCCCAGGAGACGGGUCAGACCAGGGGGCCGAUCACGAAACCGUCAAUACUGAUAGAAUUUUACUAAUUUAGUCACUAGCCCUAAUAUACGUGAAUAGCUACCAACAACGAAUUUAGUGCUGUUAAAUGUGCCAUUCUUGUUUCCCCUUCGAUAAAAAAAAUACUGCCGCAAAUCGAAUUCCAUUGUUUGUCUAACGAAUGCUAUAAUUAAAAGCAGCGAUAUUUACACAACAACUAAUAGCGCGAUUCUUUCUUAGAUUAAGUUGGAGCCUUUUUUACACAACAAAAUGCCUAUCACUACGAAACUACACUAAGUUGAUACGAUACCAAAAAUGAAGGGAAAAAUAGUACGUUUUCAGAAUAAGUUAAACAAGAAUUCAGAUUAAGUCAACCCAUUAGCGUAUAAAUCUUGUAAAUCUUGUAUCACUGAACUGCCGAAAGUGUAUUUAAAUGUUAAGCAUGCCCCCUUUUCUUCCAAAUGCCUUGAUCAUUCUACUAAGUACGAACCAGUUUCCAAGUUCCCUAGAGAAUGUUUUCCUAACAGUUUGUGAAACGAUCAAUAUGUAAAUGUGAGAGAUACGAAUAAAGUUAUGAA